CGCUCGUCCUUGGCUUUUCACCCUGACUGCUGUCUUCACUAUCACUGACUGGCUGAAUGCAUCUCGGGGUCCCUGCCUCUGUCCUUGUGGACGUUCAUGCUGAUUUUCUUUGAUCCAGUCGUCUGCUGUUUCCGUUCUGGCUCUGUUUAAUGCCUGUGAUUUGUGUUCUAAUUACUCAGUGAGGACAAUUUUCUUUUCUUAUUAAAGACUGUUAACUACAUCCCGCCCUGGUCUUCCAUCGUUCUUAUCUAACAAUGUGUGCAUGCAGACAUCUAACUUUUCCUGCUUAUUCAUUUCAGGUUCAUCAUGGCAAUGCUGAGAAGUUUUCUGCUUCUUUUCGUCAUCUUCUCCAUGGGGAAUGCAGCAGUCCGCCAAAAAUGCCCCUAUGGAUGGACAAAUUUUGGACUGCUACAAUGCUACAAGCACAUCUCUCAGCCGGCUAACUGGAUCAGAGCAGAGAGAAACUGUCAAAGUCUUGGUGCGAAUCUUGCAUCGGUGCAUAAUAAACUGGAACAUAAUUUCCUGCUGGGCAUGUUGCCUUCUUCUGACACACGUUCUUGGGUUGGUGGUCAUGAUGGUGUACAAGACGGACAGUGGUUGUGGACUGAUGGAACUGCAUUUUCAUAUACCAACUGGUGCCCUGGAGAACCUAACAAUUCACUACAGCCCGAGACCUGUUUGGACAUCAACAACUCCCAUUACCAUUGCUGGAAUGAUGCGCCCUGUUCAAUCUUAAAGAGCUAUUUCUGUGCUAAGAGGGUUGGUUGUGCAGUUCCACAGUGAUUUGAUUGAACUACAUUUACUUUUUCUGAUCUUAUCUUUGCAAAUGUUAUUCUGAAAUCAAGUCUCUUCUAAACUUCUCAAUAUCUUCUCUGAAACACUCCAAGUUAAUACAAGCAUUGAUAAAGCAAAUCAUGUG